GGCGGUGCCGUCCCCCCGCGGAGGAAGGACGGGCUGCAAGAUGGCGGCGCCGGAGGAGCGGCUCGUGUCGGAGGGCGAAGGCGGCGCCCCGGGCUCGGCGCGGCUCUCCCCGGCCCCGCUGCCGGAGGCCGCCGAGCCGCUGGCGCCCAUGGAGCCGCCGCCUCAGAGCAACACGCUGAUGGGGCUGCCCAUCGUGGCUAUCGAGAGCAUCCUCAGCUUCCUGUCCUACGAUGAGACGAGCCAGCUGCGCUUGGUUUGUAAGCGAAUGGACUUGGUUUGCCAGAGAAUGUUAAAUCAGGGAUUUCUGAAAGUGGAAAGAUACCACAACUUGUGUCAAAAGCAAGUUAAAGCUCAACUUCCAAGACGGGAGUCAGAAAGGAGAAACCAUUCAUUAGCUCGCCAUGCAGACAUCCUCGCUGCUGUGGAAACGAGACUCUCUCUCCUAAAUAUGACUUUCAUGAAGUAUGUGGAUUCCAAUCUCUGUUGCUUCAUACCUGGAAAGGUAAUAGAUGAAAUUUAUCGAGUGCUAAGAUAUGUAAACUCUACAAGAGCUCCUCAGAGAGCUCAUGAAGUUCUUCAAGAACUAAGGGACAUUUCCUCCAUGGCUAUGGAAUAUUUUGAUGAGAAGAUUGUUCCAAUACUGAAAAGAAAGAUGCCUGGGUCAGAUGUAUCGGGACGUCUAAUAGGAACUGCCCCAGUUCCAGGGCCUUCUGCAGCACUGACAACAAUGCAGCUGUUCUCCAAGCAGAGCCCUUCCAGGCAGGAAGUCACCAAGCUGCAGCAGCAGGUGAAAGCCAACGGCACGGGCCUGACGGCGCUGAAGCGGGAGAUCUCGGAGCUGCGCGUCAAGGUGCAGGAGCAGCAGAAGCAGCUCCAGGAUCAAGACCAGAAACUGCUUGAGCAGACCCAAAUCAUUGGGGAACAGAACGCCCGCUUGGCCGAGCUGGAGCGCAAGCUGCGGGAGGUGAUGGAGAGCACAGUAGGGAAUUCUUCGGGUUCCGGCUCCAAUGAACAAUCUCCCAGGAAAAGGAGGAAGGCGGUGGAUUCCACAGACUGUCCUAGGAAAUCUAAACGCCUUCGGAACAGAAAAUAACUGGGGAGGAAAUGGCGCCUUCAGGAGGAUACACUGCUCUAGUAGCCCAAGCAGGCCUGUUUGUUUGGAUACUGUGACCAGCUUCAUGGUGUCACUUAGGCUGCUGGCUCUUCAAAACACCACUUAGACUUGAACAGUGAUUUUCUUUCAUUGACUUUUCCCCUGCUUUCUAUAUGGGUGGGCCUAAUGCACAGAAUCUUUAAGAUUUGCAAUAGCUACGUACUAACCAGACCUGCUCUGUUAUGUUUUGAAGGGUUAACCUUUUUUUCCGUGCAGAUGUGUUUUAAAGUAAACUUAUUUGUGUUUAUGCAUAUGUUCACAUGAAAUCUUAAAUAAAUUGUCUUAACUGACUUAAUGGUUAAGAGUAAAAACAGAUGUCCUGUUCACUUGAAGGGAAGAUCCGCUUUUAAAACCUUGUUUUUGAGAACUUGACCUUUUUUGUUACAAGUGACCUUGUCUGGAAUGUCUGAAAAGUAGUUAAUACUUUUUGGGGUUUCUGUAACGAGUAAAACUGACUUCUUAAGCUACAGUAUUGGCUAUAUAUUUUUGUAAACUUCCACGGAAGGGCCUUCUAUCCAGUUUUCACAUGCACACACCCUGGUUCUAGGUCUUGGGAGCCAUAUUCUACAUUUGCAUGGAUAGAUGCAUGUACAGCUUAGUCAGCCUGCCAAAAGCACUUGCCUGAAACUGUUCCAAACUCUGGGAGAGAGCACAGAGACCUGUCAAGCAAUUCCUUUGUUCCUCAGCCAUAAGUCAGUCUCUGCUUUCAGCACAGUGGCUUCCUCGCAGCGAGGCGGGCUGGGGAGCCCGGGCUGUGUGGCUGCUCUCGCCCUGCCUGGAGGGCAGGGAUCUAUUUUAGCCAAAGCUGGAGAGUGGAGAGGCUGCCUGUGCAUCACUUGGGUCAUGGGCCAACACCGAACACCUACCAGCUGUCCCUGGAGUCACCAAGCUCUGGGGACAUCAUUGGAGUGAAAUGCUGUAUUAUGGUAAAACUUAAACUAUUUUGUGUGUCUGUGUUGGGGUUGGGGUGGAAAUUUCUCUGUAACACUGAUGACAAUAUUCUAAGCUUUCCUUAUCCUAAAAGGUAAAUCACUUCAGACAGAGCUUUAAUUUCUUUUGCACUUCUGUUUUGAGCUUGUAACUGGAAAAGCAUGUCUUGCACUGUUCAGUCUCUCUGGUCACUUUAACCACCUCAGAGUUGUGUACAGUGAUUCUUCCCCCCCCUGCCAUCUGUAUAUUUUUGGAAUCUUAUACAAAUACCAUUGUCCUUGGUUUUGUUUUAAUGUACUAAACUAUGUAGCUUUAUAAUUUGACUUAUGUUUUCUUUUUUUAACCAGCUGCUGCUUUGUCUUUAGGUGGUUCUGAAUUCAACUUGGUAUGGCACUGAAAAUGCAAAUGCUGCAUUUUGUAGCUGUUCACAAUCUUGAAAUUACUGCUGUGGGUUAAAGUGCAAGUUCAUUUUGUAUGGCUGUCAGCAUAACCUAGUGGCUGUGUUUAAAGCACCAAACAAAUCAGAAGUUGUCUGGUCAGAUGUUAUAUAAUUGUGGCAAACUGACAUUUUUCCUGAAACUUCAGCUACAGUUUUUACUUCUAAAACAUAGUAGCUUGUACCAGAAGUAACAUUACAAAUGCCUAAUAUUUGACAGACAUUUAGCUUUCAGAUAAACUUCUUGAGUAGUUUGAGUCCUUUCCAAAAAAAAAAGGCAUUUUUCUCAAUAAUCAAGGAAAUUAUAAAAGGCUGUCUGAGAGCAGACUUAAACUGUUGAAGGAGCAUUUGCUUUUACUGGUUUAUACAGCUCAGAAUGUUUUCUACAGGUAACUCUGUCUUGGAGAUAGAUACCUGCUAUUCAGCUUAAAAAUAUUGGCAUAUACCUUAACUUCUAAAAAGCAAUUUUGAGUCAAAGGGUCAGCAUGAUAGCUAGAAUUACUGUGUGAUACAAAUUAAUUGAAUGGUUAUUUGUGAUAAAAAAAUUCCUGUAAUGGACUAAUUACCAGCUUGUGGUUAAAUGCUUCCAAACAAGUAUAAACUUGGUAAUUUCAUUUACUGAAAGGGUGUAUUCAUACAUUUUGAAUAUUUUUCACUUCAGUUUCUUUAUUAAUUUCUAGAAUAUGCAGACAAUUUCCCCCUCCCCACCAUCCCAGUGUACAAAUUGUUUCAGGUUACUCCAGAGUAGCAUUUCUGGAUGUGUUGGGGAAUCUCUUGCUGUUCCUAAACUGAGCUGGACAACAACAGCCAAUUGUUAUGGGAAGUGUUCUCUGGGAACUGUGCCAGCUUGGACCCUUCAGCUCAAGGAAGUAUCAUGUGCUCCAGGAUUGCAGGUGCAUCCUGCUCCUCCGUGUGCUGCCAGUGAAAUGGAACGAGGCCCAUGAAACUUUAAGGGGUAGAGGGGAUGGUUACAAGAAAUUCCACAAUGAACGUACACCAGUGUUUUGUAUUUUACAUCCCAGAGAGGGAAACAUCAGAUGGCUCUUGGCUGGAAUGUACACCAGAAAAAUAUACACAUGGAAAAAAACAGAAUGAAGUAAUUGUUUGGACAAAAUAGCUGGAACAUUGAUUUCUGACACCAUAUUGUCCCUUGUUAAAUAAAAAGGAUAAAUUUUGCAAUAUUUGAACAA